AUGUACGAAGUUCGACGAAUCCUGGCAGACGUCCGGACUCAGUACGACCAGGUUCACGUCGAAGCUGAACGUCGGGAGGCUGAGAUCGCCAUGCUUCGUGAGCAGAUCCGGGCUGCAGAUCGAAAUCACGGCUACGGGAACGACGAGUCAUCCAAGAAGGAGGACUCGUAUCAAUCGGUCUUCAAGCAAUAUAUUGACAUCGUCGGCGUCAAGGGUAGAGGAGGAGCGAUAGAUGAGGCAAAGACCACGAAGAAGGUGUACGAUCACAUGUGUGAAAGGAUCACCAGGGAGCAGUCUUUGCUGAAAGAAAAGCUUGUCCUCAUGGAGGCGCAUUUGCAAAGAAAGACCGCCGAGUCCCGGAGAAAGGUCGCUGUCCAGGAGCGACUUGUUCGAAAAGGGGCCCAGUGUUCCCAGGACCUGGACAUUCUGGAACAAGACGUCGAGCACGAGCGAGUGGUACGUCAUGAAGCUUUAGCAAAGAUGAGUUCCUGUUUACAGGCGAAAAUCCAAGCAAAGGAAGACCGGGCAAGGUUUGAGCGAUGGCGUCAUACGAUCGCGCUCGAUGCGGCCAAUGAAGCCUUCAAUGCCUCUGCUGGCCGUCUUCGUAAGCUUUAUGCGGUCGAAAAGCUGGCAGGUAAUUGCUUGCAGAAGGUAACCUUCGAGCAGGUGGAGCGCUCGCAGAACACCGAGGAUGGAUUUCAGAAGAUCCGAGAGGUGACGGGUUUGGCAGAUGUCAUGGACAUUGUUCACAAGUUUCUGAACAGGGAUGUAGAACAUGAAGCACUGAAGAGCUCAGUCAAAGAAGCAGAGGUCCGUUUGGACAAUCUGCGAGAGCAGUUUGAACGCUUCAAGCGUGAUACAGACGGCGUCACCUUCGACACUGACACGUCUGGCAAGUCCCGUGCCAUUUACCUCGAGGUCGAGGAGCACGAAGCCAAGCUCAACUUGUGUCAGAAGGAGCAUGAGCAUAGCCGUGAAAAGCUCCAGCAGAGCACCUUACAGGUGGAGCACAUGAAGCGCUGGGCCAAUCGGAUGGGCAGAUCUUUAUCGAUGUUUGAGGACUGUCAGCGCGUAGAGAAGGCAUCUGACCUUCCUGUAUUCUACAACCAGAUGCAGCGUGCUGUCGACAAGUUCGUUCAGAACAUCGCUCAGCUCAUCUCCUCGGGCAAGGUGCAGAGGAAGAACAUGUCUCAAGCGGGCAGCAAAGAGUCUCAGGAGGCUCGCCGGCUCCUGACAGACAAGGACUUCUUAAGAGCCAAUUGCCGCGUCUUGAUUCCCGGGACGGGUGGCAAAGAUGCUCCCGAAGAAGAUGCUGACGAAAUCCAGAAGCAUGACCGAGACAGGUGCAAAAAAGAGUCAUCAGACCGUGUGGCACUCGCUGAGAUGCAAAAGAAGAAAGGUACUCCUGGCUGUUCUUCCUGGUGUUCUGGCUGGAGAAGCACCCAUGAAGGUAGCGCCGUCACCGGUGGCCUGGUGCUCGUCAGAACCCGGAGACGAUGGCCGGUAGGUUUGAACGACGCAGGCAACAUGGAAGUACAGUCUCGGCCGCCUCCCCCCACUUCACCGCCGCUGCCACCAGAGGCGUAUAAGCCUCGGGAAGCUGCUUUCUAUGGUCGGCUGAAGGAGGCAACGAUGGAUCUGGGAGCGGCGCAUAUCGACUCCUUGCGUGCCAUCUUCACUUCACGGGUUUUGCAGACCCGGACCCGCCUUCAUGGCCUGACGACCGGCAACGUGCACGGGCCUGGAGAUCACGAUCCGAAGCUGUCGGGUCUUCGAGGCAACGUUCUCGCGCUGGGGCUUGGCCUCCUGGAGAGGACUGAGGCGGUCUUGGAUCUGCUUCUGCAGCUGGCAGAUACGGAGAGCCCAGAGCACCAGGUGGCUGCCAUCAAAGAUGAGGAAUUCGAAGGCGACCAUGACCGCCGGGGUGGCUUUUUGCAUGUGCCCCGAGUUCUAUCCACACAGGUCUUUCAGUCUUUUGCUGUGCCGCUGACAACAUCUCGCACUGUAAAAGUCACGAUCGUCGGCGUGCAGGACACCUGUGUAUCGAUUCUGCAGCUCCUACGGGUGCAAGAGCUGUGGCAGACUCUUCGAGGUCUACACAGCUGGGCUCAGGAGAAGCAGAAGGAGCUGACAGAUGAAGGCUCCACUCCAAGACCAGCCGUUGCAGUUCGAGCCGCCAAUUUUGCGCGGCGUGGCUGCGAAAAGCUGCUGGGCGAUCGGCUAGGACGGCUCCUGGACAGCCGCGUGUUCGUGCACCUCUUGGGGCGGCAUGCGCCGAAUGAUGCCGAGGAGGUUCGCAGCAAUCUCGAGGAAGUUGGACAGGCUCCAGGCUUGUUUGUGGAGGAGAUCUUCCAAGAAGUUUCUCCUGAGCACCACGACAUCAUGCUUGCAGACCUUGGGGAGCUGCAGAACGGAAGCGGCCGUGGCAUCCAGCUCGUGGUGAAGAACUCCUUCUUCGAAUUGGUAGAGGAAGAGAGCCCACGAGAGAUGCGACGAGCACGCUCCUGCGAUGCAGUGCUGACUCUGGGCCUCGUGGAAGCGCUUCAGGCUGAUGCUUCUGCGAGACUCGCAUCGCCAAGCUCGACAUCCAGAAGGUGUUGUGAAGCUAGUGAAGGUUCCCAGAAUGGUGUGGCUUCUGAUGCAGCGAACACUGGAAGUGCUGGCAGCUCCUAUGCUAAAGCUUCAGGAGGGCUUGGUGAACCUGGCGUUGUGUCCACCGGAAACGACCCUGCCACGAACGCAGCGGUGCCAUCAUCCUCCGUGCCUUCGAGACUAGAAGCAUCGGCGGAUGAUGCACUUGUUGGUGAAGCCAGCCCAAGCCACCAAGGUGAAAUCAUCGAAGAUGCUGAUCGGAUGACUGUCAUGCUCCGAAACGUGCCGCAGGAGUAUUCCCGCCGAAAUGUGCUCGACCUGCUCGACAGAGCAGGAUUCCACGGCAGGUAUGACUUCGUGUACUUGCCCGUUGAUUUUACUAGGGGACGUAGCUUGGGGUAUGCUCUGGUCGGACUCGUCAGCCAUGAGGAUGCCCGACAACUACUCGAACAACUUCAGGGAUGCUCCUUUCCUGGAUUAGACCCCAGUGUUCGCUGUGAAGCGUCCUGGAGCCAGCCUCAUCGAGGUCUCUCUGGCCAUAUCGAGAGGUAUAGAAACAGUCCUGUCAUGCAUCCCAGCAUGCCCGACGAGUACAAGCCCGUGAUAUUUGUCAACGGCGAGCGCGUCGACUUCCCAGCCCCCACGAAGACAAUCCGAGCUCCACGCAUUCGGCAUCCCAAGACACAGCGUCGGCCGCCAGGCCUGGAAUAG